UGAUUGUUGUGCCUCGAGACAGCUUCAGGAAUCAUGGCUGCAGUUCAGCAACGCGUCUUAAACUGGCUAUACAGCGUGCUUACAAGUGAAUACCAAGAUGUCAACCGGACCUAUCAUGACGUGGCCCAGGCCCUUUCGCAUUACUCCAGUUUAAGUCCAAAGACAGAAGUUUAUACUUAUGAAAACGGCGUAUCUGAGCUCCUGCUUCAACUAUCAGGCACUCUGCCCGUCGCAUUUCGAGGGACGACCUAUCGCUUCCCAGUUACAGUAUGGAUACCCCACCAAUACCCACGGGAUGAGCCUGUGGUAUACGUUUCUCCUGCAGAGGGCAUGAUGGUGAGGGCUGGCCAACACGUUGAUCCGCAAGGGCGCGUUUAUCAUCCAUAUCUGGCUGGAUGGGCAGAAUUUUAUGAUAAAUCUAACAUACUCGACUUCCUCGCUAUAUUACGAGAUGUAUUUGCGAAAGAGCCUCCUGUGGUCUCCCGACAAUCACAGAGUACUCCUGUUGCUUCUCCACGACCGAUACCUCCACCAGUUCCACCUCUUCCACCGGACAUGACAAAAUCUCCAAUCCCUCACCAAAACGCUGGUGGUGCUCCCCAGCCUCCGCCACCUCCCCCAAAACAGCACGAACCCAUCGUACAGCGACCUCAAGCCCAGCCUCAACCGCCACAAACAGUCAACUCAGGGCCGCCAUUGCCCCCUCCUCCUCCUCCAUCUGCCAAUUCACGGUCAGCUCAGCCACCCAUCCCUCACCCUGACCAGUACACCUCCAACGCACCUCAGCGCCAAAGUAACCUUCGUUAUGAGUCUGCUCCUCCACUGCCUCCGCAACCUCAGUUUCAUACAGGACAGCACUACCAGAGCCCACCCCGCGACCCCCGGCAAGCACCUCCCCUCCAUGGCGCACCAUAUGGAGCGCCUCCAACACAACACUAUCAACAACCUACAAACCAACCCCAACUACCCCCACAAUACCCGCAACAACAUCAAUCCUGGCAACAGCAACAGCAACAGCAACCGCCCACCCCCCAACCCCAACCCCAACCCCAACCCAAAGCCCCCAUCCCUGACCUCCUCGACGACACCACCCCCCUUCCCCAACAAGCGGCAGCCGCCCCAGCACCCCCCAUCCCACCCAACCCCCAAAAAGACGCCCUCCUCCACACCCUCGCUGUCGCCCUCCACUCCGUGCGCCAAAAAACCGCUUCCCGAAACAUCGACACCAAACACUCCCUGUCCGCACAACACACCGCCAUGCUCACCGCCUUACACGCCCUGCAGUCCGAGACGGCGCAGCUCGAAGCCCUUGAAGGGGCAUUGUCAUCCAACUCCGCGUCGUUGAAUAGCUCCUUAGCGUCCGCCGACGCGCUGAUCAAGCGCGCGCCGCAGAUGACGCCGCCGAGUAUCGAUGAUUUGCUCGUGGCGCCGACAGCGGUGGCGAAUCAACUAUAUGAUGCUGUGGCGGAGGAGCGGGCGCUGGGGGAUACGAUUUUUGUGCUUGGGCGCGCGGUGGAGAAGGGGCGCGUGGCGCCGCAGACGUUUGUUAAGGUUACGAGAGGGCUGGCGAGGGAAUGGUGGUUGAAGAAGGUGUUGGUGCGGAAGUGUGCGAGGGGACUGGGAUUGGAUGAUGGGAGUGGAUGGGGUCGGGAAGCAGGUAGGGCUUAG